UACCAGUCUUAUUCGGUCUCAUCAUGGCUAAAGGUGCAGAAUGAAACGAAGCGGCAUAGGAUCGAGAGAGAUUCCUACCCAUCGAUCCCGCAGAGCGACCAGGACCAAGAAAACACUGUCGCAGAUACAGACUGCAACCGUUCCUAUGAGCUUCCGACUCGUACCGACGACUCCCCGAGCGAAUGGGCGAAUUCCGAGGAAGCAGCGUCGUUCCGGGCACCAACGAGGCGCCGGUCAGGACUUAGUUAACCACCCGGCGCUCGCCUCGUAUCCCCCAUAUGUGGGUGUCGGAGUUGCCGAGAAGGUCGAGGCCGCAGGAAAGCCCAUCCAUCUUUUUCUCGCUGAUGAAAGCGACGCCCACGUGGUUGCCAGAUAUCCGGAGUCAGCCGUAUUUCACCAGGGACAUCAACCCCCCAACGCUUCCUUACACGUGGGGGACCUGGACACGAUGCGCGAGCUCUUCUUGGAAGCCGUCGGCAUGGAGGUGCUCGUCGCGGGAUUCGUGAUAAUUCUCUUUGAGAAAACUAGCCAGGUCAAGGCUGCGGACCAGCGGCCUUGGCCCUGUGAGAUUGGCGGCCUACGGGUCUUCUUUGACCGAGCAGACUAUACACCGUGACAUCAGGUACGUCUGAGACCGCGGCGAUCAGAACCACCUCAUCGGAGCCGAGUAUAUGGGUCUGAGGCUUCGCCUGCCCGACGGCUCUUGCGCCAUUACCACCUUUGCGCAUGGGUUCGUCAACGAUCCGAGCCCAUGUUGGGUCUCGCAAGUGGCCGGAUGGUUGAAAUGGGUAUAUUACAUACGUAUAGUUGCGUGAGGGGGGGGCAUUGGCGGGCUAUAUCGGCCGUACGUCUAGGCGAAGAGGCCCCCGAAUACCUCAUCUCAAAGGGCCGACUCAGGAACAGCCCACUCGACACGCGAGUGUGGCUUUUGCCGCCUCGAAUCA